UAGCUAGUUAAUGUUAUUCAUUAGGAUAUGUUCCUUAACUCUAGAGAAACUAGCUUAGUUAGCUAACGAAAUGAGUUUAGGCCUAAAAGUCGACCCCGUAGUUUCUUGCUUAUCAACACAGACGUAGCCGCUGCACCUGCAAGGAGAGGGGGACAUCAUGUCCUGGCCUGUGUGAUAUGUGGCCAUUUAAACAACUAGUUAAGUUAUGUAUCCCUUAAAUAUGUAUUAUAGCCAGCAAUAAAAUGUAAAUAAAUGAUUUUGCUUACUUGUUUCGCCUUUAGGCACAUUGUAUGAAAUGCCUAACGUUUGGCUAGGUUUAUUUAGUAGGAGGUUAGCUAGCUAGUCAGAGAGGUGUAGCAAGCUGUCCUGCCUACUUGCUGUGGGUGCGUUAAUAAAUUCGCUCUGUCUAUUUACUCCGAUUUCAGAGCACUCGUCUGAGUAUACAAGAGCGCAGAAUAACGUUAUGAAGUUACGAACGCUCAACACCCGUUCAAUAUGGCCGGAAUCAGUAAACGUCGGCAAAAAAACGUGAUUAACUUGUUGCCAGCACCCCAUUUAGUCACCAAAGCUCUGAAUAACACGAAAACAGCCUAACCUGCUCUGCUAGGGGCGUCUGGAGGAGAGGAUGAGUUGGGGCCGGGGAGCGAGGAGGAAACCUGUCAGGCAGCAGCCCACUGACGAGGAAGCCUUUGACCCGGAAGUAGUUGCAGAGGUCAGAAAACUCUUCAAUAAAGUCAGGACAUACGUCAAACCGGCCAAUGGGGAGUGGUGUAUCCCUGACCCCAGCGAAGCACUGAGACACCCGGCCCAGGACCACGUCCUCCUGCAGACCCUGAAGACGUCACUAAAUGAGGUGAAGAACCAACUUAGCGAUAAGGAUCUGGAAGUCUGGCACCAGCAUACCAAUUCCACCAACCGUGCUGGGAAGGUCAUUGGUACUGUGCGAGCCGUCGCCAAUGCCGAAAUCUGCACUCAGGCCUGGUGCAAGUUCUAUGAGAUCCUGGGCACCUUCAACCUUCUGCCAGAGGAGGCGUUGCGGAGUGGGGAGCUGAACACUGUUCACCUGUGUGAGGCUCCAGGGGCCUUCAUCGCAGCUCUGAACCACUAUCUCAAAACCAGCAAGCACACGUGCUCCUGUGACUGGAGUUGGGCAGCGAACACACUCAACCCCUAUCACGAAGCCAACGGAGGGGGCACCACCAUCACAGACGACCGCCUCAUCGCCAACACUCUGCCCUGGUGGUUCUUUGGCUCGGACAACACAGGAGACAUCAUGAGCCAGAAGCACCUGUUGGAGCUGCAGAACUUUGUGGGUAACAUGUGCAGUAUUGAUGUGGUGACGGCGGACGGGAGCUUUGACUGUCAGGGGAACCCUGAUGAGCAGGAGGCCCUGGUGUCAUCGCUGCACUACUGCGAGGUUGCGGCCGCACUCUUCCUUCUGGGCCCAGGCGGCUCGUUUGUACUGAAGAUGUUCACUCUGUACGAGCACUCCUCUGUCUGCCUGCUCUACCUGUUAAACUGCUGCUUCCGCUCCGUCAGCGUCUUCAAACCGGCAACCAGCAAAGCAGGGAACUCUGAGGUGUACGUCGUCUGUCUUCACUACGAUGGUAGGCAGGCUGUGAGGCCCCUGCUGUCCAAGCUGAUCCGUCACUUCGGGCCGGACCUGGCUGCCCGUGAAGCCCUAUUCCCCAACCAUCUCCUCCCACAGUCGUUCUUGGCACAACAUGAGCAGGCGUGCUCCUACUUCCAUGACCUACAGACAGGAACGAUUUGGGAAAACCUGAGAAUGUUUGAGGGCCUGAAUCGGAAGCAGAGGCAACGGCUGGAAAACAUCAGGGACUGCACUGCUCAGGAGUACCUGCAGCGCUUCCAGGUGAGUUCUCUGCCGCGGGCCCGCUGGUUGUCUCAUAACACAGUGGCCCCAGCGUGUUGCAGCGUAACGGGUCGGAGGCCCCUGGGCCAGAAGAAUCAGAUGGGCUCGUUUAACCAGCGGAGGGAGCUGCAGGCCUUGGGCUGGAAGGAGCGUGUUGGGAAGGGCCGCUACGCUGCCUUGGUGGAACGGCACGGUCACGGCCCCGACGGCACAGGGACAGGAUGUGUGCUGGCAGGGCCGCUGGCAGAAUGCCAUAUGGACACCUGGUUUGUGAUAGUGGGGGCGGCCCUCACUGUAGUCAGGAACUCGCCAUUCUGUGAUGGGGGUCUGUUGAACCACCUCAAUGAAGCUUUGGAGCAGGCUGCCCUAGGCUCAGGCAUGGACAGGUCAGCUGCCUGGACUCUGGUCCCUCCCUGUAGCUCCUGCCCAAUGGUUGGUACCACGUCCAUCCUCUCAGAGGUGGCAGCCCUAUGUGACAGCACUCCCUGCAAUGGCAAGGGAAACAGAAAGUGCCUAGUCUUUGGCAGAGCAUCGUGUUGGGGGGAUUGUGAGGAGCAGGCUGGGGGGUUGGUGCUGGAGUUCUGUUCGGAGCCCUCGUUACCACCUACGGCCCACACCACUCUGCAUGACGGGAAGCCGCAGUAUCAGAGAGACCUGCUGGACUGUGUCCUGCUCUCCCUGCACCGCAUGGGACCAGGCGACGCCCUCCUCCUGCCCAUCCUCUCCGCCUUUACCCGCGUAACCGCUGCAACCGUCCUUUGCCUCCACCUGUCCUUCCACUCUGUCACCUUCAGGUGUCCUUCUCCUCCAGGUGCUGCAGGGGCGGUGUUGGUAUGUGUGGGGUUCUGUCCAGAGGCUGCCGCUCGACUCCUUCCCCACCUUGGUGACCUGCAGGAGCGUAUGGCCUGCUUGGCCAGUGGGGAGGAGGACACUGACAUUCUGCCUCCUGGAGGCCAGAGACAGGUACUGCAGUUUGUUCCCAUGGAGGAGCUGCUCAAAGGAGAGCUGACAGAGUUCCUGUGGACCAUGAACUCAGCCAUCGCCCGUCAACUGCUGCACCUGCUCAUGCAGGCUUAGCUGGGGUCAACAGAGGGGUUCUGAGUGUCUCAGGUGGAUUGUACCAUAGCCUGGCCCGAAAACAAGCACUGACUAGCUAAUUGUCUAGCCCCUACCCCAUCAGUGUUGACAGAUGUAAAGGAAUUGGAUGGGUGGAAGCGAUAUGGUGGAAGCUCCCCCUUAACUUAAUCCCAUCAGGUCCCUUCAGAUCUGUAUAACAGAAUUGGGAUGGGGUUGUUUUUGGACCUUGCAACUUUCAAUAUUUAGUAAGGGCACAUUUGGUCCCUGUUUUGAUAAAAAUGAGGCAAGCAAUGCGGUGAAGUAAAUGUAUUUGAUAUCAUUUGAUUGAUGCUGUGAUGAUCAGACAUUGAAGACCUAACUGAAUUCUUUCAAUCUUUUUUUUAUGAUUGUUAAUAUCAACAGUUAAUCUGUUUGAAUUAGGACAACAUUUGGUUACAUUUCUCUGGGUCUCUGAUCUAAUGUAUUUUUAGGACAGCACAAUAACUCAUGUACUGCUAAUUCAAGUUAUUUAAAGUAAAAAAUACUUUUCAUAUUAGUUUCACUAUUAAAAUAUCAUGCAGUUUGUUAGGAGUUAAAAAGCCUUGUUUGUGUCAUUUUCCUGAUACGGUCUAACCAGUAGUGACUAAAUACAGUAGAUUGUGUGACUGUAUUUUUACCUGGUGACUGCUGUGAAGGCUAGCAGUGCAUGCACUGUUUCACUCUGCAGGGGUUUGAAGAAAAUGUAGUCUUGCCUCUACGGCAUCUAUACUUAGACCCCAUUUACACCUGGUGUUAAACUGCAAAUGAAUACCUGAUUAUGUAGGAUCUGAUCAUGUCCACGGCACAGCUGGCCUUGAAAUAUCUCAUAUCAGUCUAACCUGCAUUGUUUUCUUUGGAAUGAUGCCUCCAGUAGAACAGGUAGCCUAUGUGGUCAGAUACUUUAUUGAAGAAAAUGGUUGAACUAAAAUGUUGUAUUUUGGGAACGUGCUGUGCAAGCCAAUGUGUCCACGAAAUGUGUUUUUAUAUAUACUUUUGUAUUGGUUUUGUUUGCCUUUGAGAACUUUUUUAUAUUUGUGCUGUUGAAUAUUAGAUUUUUUUUUGGUGCAGGUUGUAUUCCUUUAGUUAAAAAAAUAUUGACUUCA